AUGAAUGUCUCUCAUUGCCUCCAUAAUAUCACCACCGUGGAAGAAGUCAUGCGCCAUAUCGCUAUCGUCACCAAUGUGAUCAUCUUGGUUUUGGGGGUUUCUGGCAACGGGCUGGUCAUAUGGAUCAUAGCUACACGAAAGAAGCACAAAACCUUCACCUCCAUCUGCUACCUCAACCUGGCGGUGGCCGACUUCCUGUUCUCCAUGGGUCGUAUCCCUGCCCUUGUACAAGAGAUCCUGUACCAGCAAUGGCCCUUUGGCCUCAUGCUUUGCAAGGUCCACAGCUUCGUCCGCUACCUGACUACCUUUACGAGCGUCUACAUCCUCACGGUGAUCAGCCUUUAUCGCUGUCUGAUGGUAGUGAGGCCUGUCUGGGCCCGAAACCACCAAAGCCCUCGUUUUCAAACCCUGAUGUGCAUUGGAGCAUGGACCCUGGCUUUGUUCUUCAGCAUCCCUUACCUCGUGGUCCGCACUCUCGAAGUCAGGAACGGUGCCUCCUGUUGCAUCUAUCACAAGGCUCUCAAGAACUCCACCGAACUGCCCCUGAGAAUGAGCCGGUUCUUCGGGGGCUUCCUCCUGCCCUUCAUCGUCAUCUCCACGGCUUACUCCAUUCUGCUUUGCAAGCUUCGCAAACGGCGCUGGAAAGGCUGCCACCGCACCAUCAGCCUGGUGGCCGCCAUCGUCGCCCUUUUCUUCAUCUGCUGGCUGCCCCACCACGUCUUUGUGCUGCUGAACACCGUUUGGAGCAAGAACGCCCUUUGGGGAAUUGCGCUCAAGCUCUCCAAUGCGUUGGCCUACCUGCACGGCUGCAUCAACCCAGUACUCUAUGGGUUUGUGGGCUACAUCCGGAGCAGAGGCCUCCGCCGCCGGGCCUCCUUCUUGGGACUUUUCCGCAGGGCUCUCAUUGAAGAGGACACGUCAUUUGCGACCGAAGCAUCGGAGAAUCUUAAUCAGAAGACUUAA